AUGCUCAUUGACGUUGUGUCCUUUGAUGAAGACCCAGCCAAGCAGUCCUUAACCGUUCAUGUCAAUGGUGAUUUUUAUAGUUGUGGGUUUGCGGAGAAACUGGUUCACGAAAUUGAAAGGGCGGCAAUUACGACAACGCUUAACACCUUAAAUUCCGCUACACAUUCAAAGAUGACAGCUGAUGACAUUGCUACAAUGACCCGGGAAGCGAUCUACCUGACUGCGCAAAAGGAAGGCCUCAAGACUCAGCACCAACAAUUGACACAGGACCUGUAUGACAGACUUCAGAAGCAGUCGACUUCGUUUGAGGAUAUAUCAAAGGUACACUCUUCCCUCCAGCUACCUCACUUCCCACCUUCAACGAGCUUCGAGCACGACCCCGGUUAUUCUCGCACGAAUCAUCAAGUAAAUCUCAGCUUGACCCCAAACAGACUAGACGAUAUUAUCAAUGAGGCUGCGCAGCUGGCUGACGAGAAGGAACACGAAGCUGAAAAACGCAAGAAAGCGGCCCCCCAGGUUAUGAGGUUUCCAUCUCAUCGAUCAUCGAGGUUUGACGAUUUUGCAAGUGCCUUAAACACCAGUUUACAAAAAGCAAUCACGGAGCAAAGCGAACUUUCUGAAGAGGCUUACAAGUCUGAAUUCGAUCUUUCACAGGCUCUCUAUCCCGCCGUUCGCGCUGCAUUCGAUCCACCCCCAACGAUUUCGUUUUAUCGAUCAGACCAGAAUCAAACUGUUGAGCCCACAAUUGUAGAAUUGUUAGGCCUUUUCAAGGAGGACAACAGCUCGAACUUCACUCGAACGGAAAGUGCUGCGCCAUCCUCGGAGUGCUCUGCUGGACAAUAA